CAGAGAUUUGUAAAAUAUGGUGUGGUGUAAUCUUUUGACCUUUUUUCACAAACAUUAUUAAUUCAAUAUAGAUAGAAAAAUGAAAGUGAAAGUAGAAAGUGACAGCCGGUACUAGUAAAUAAAUUAAAUGCAUCAAUGGAAUCGAAGAUAAAGAAUGACAUCAACGAUUGUUUAAAUAAUCUGUCAAAUGAAGCAAGAGAACUCUACCUAGAUCGCCAAAUACCUGUGUUGGCCAACCCCCCUUCUCCACUGGAGUUUUACCGUGACUAUGUCUCUGCAAACAAACCUGUUCUAAUAAAUAAUGCCAUUAACCACUGGCCUGCGUUGACAAAAUGGAACAAUGACUACCUGAGGAAAAACAUUGGCGACCGAGAGGUGACCGUGGCAGUCACUCCCAACGGCUAUGCUGAUGCCAUCACUGACCAAAAGUUUGUGCUGCCAGAGCAGCGCCAACUGAAAUUUUCCCACUUCCUCGAUAUUAUUGAGAAGCCAAAGGCAGAGAAUGGUGUUCUCUAUGUACAGAAACAAAACUCAAAUCUUACUGAUGAGUUUGUAUCUAUCAUCGGUGAUGUGGACACCCAGAUUUCAUGGGGAUCUGAGGCAUUCAAUAAGAGGCCUGAUGCAGUGAACUUCUGGAUGGGAGAUGAAAGAGCCAUCACUUCUAUGCACCGUGACCAUUACGAGAACCUGUAUUGUGUGGUCCGUGGCAGUAAGACCUUCACACUCCUUCCACCCACAGACUUACCACAUGUACCGUAUGAGCUGUUUGAUGUAGGGACUUUCAAGGAGGUAGAUGGUAGAUUCAUUAUUGAGCCAAAUGAAGACAUGGACAAGGUCCCGUGGAUAGCUAUAGAUCCCUUGAGCCCAGACUAUGCCCGAUACCCGAAGUACCGGAGGGCUGAGCCCAUAGAGGUUACUGUUAAAGCAGGACAGCUGCUGUACCUCCCGUCAUUAUGGUUUCACCACGUCAGACAGUCACAUGCAUGUAUAGCAGUGAACUACUGGUAUGAUAUGGAGUUUGACAUCAAGUAUAACUACUACAAGUGUGUGGAGGCCCUCGUGGACAUUGUUAAGUGAACUGUUCUUACAGGGAUAUACAAGUCCUGUAUGACUCAUAGACAGCAAUACGAGCAUAUGGACAUAAGUAACAUCAUAAGCAAAAAGUAUGAAAUAAAUUGAGUGCCAAAAAUAUGCAAAAAUUGUAUACUGUUGAUGGCAAUGUUAAUACAGUCGAAACCCAUUGGCUCAAUAUCGCUUGGCUCAAUUUCCUCGUUGUACAUGAUGUAAAGUAUUUUUACUACUUUCUGCUUGGCUCGAUAUUUGUUAGGCCUGUAUUUUGGCUGGUCCCUGCGAGUUCAAGCCAACGGGGUGCGACUGUAUGAUGCCUUUAAUUCCAAAGAUGGGCCCCUUGAUUGCAUGAAUGGAUAGCUGCCAUUACAACUUCAUGUACCCCACUCAACAGCAAGGUUAUUACAAGUAUGAUCAUUAUACAUCUCAGAAAUUCUGAAAGGAGCAGGAACAGGUGGCUUUGUGGCCUCGUGGCUUGGAAGUGUGAAGGAAAAAUGUUUAGAAACCCAGAGUAAUAAUCUGCUAAGUGUAUCUCUUGCAUUGUUGCUUUUCCAUGUAAAAGCUGUUCUUAUAAUCACAGUUGGAUGUUGUGUAAUAAACAGAUAAAUAAUAAAAUUUCUAUG